AUGAAUCGCAUUCGUCGUGGUUUGAAGGCCGGGGACGUCGUCUGGGCAGGCGCGUACCCCGGCCUUCUUGUCCGUAAGAAGAACUCGAAUAGAUGGGUCAUCGAGUUCUUCGGCUUCUCGCACCAAGUUGGUUCGGAGAAGACUCAAAAUAUUGUGGCUUUCCACAUUGGAGACUACGUCCCAUGUCCCCAAGGAGAAACUGUUGGCUACUAUGAAACCGCCAUUCAAGAAGCAAUAGACUACAUGGACGCAGUUGGCACCGAAUGGGGAUCAGAAGGGCGCAGAAGCGUCUCACCGAACUUCUUCCAAAAGUUUGGACUUGUCCGCCACGUCGAUGCCGAAAUGGAUCAAACUCUGAAUGAGGAAUUGGAUGAAACAAUUGAGGAAGAAUACGAAGUGGGAAUGGUUGAACCAAAGGAGAAGUCGGCCCGCAACCAAAUCAUCGUCUCCGUCGCUAUGUUUGUUCUGGUUGUUGUCUGGUACAUCACUACAGCAUCGGAAUAUCAAAAACCUUCAGUUUUCAUUGAUGGAUCGUUGUCCAGGUUUUCGCAGCAAUGUGGAUUUUUAAGUAGGACGUUGAAGCCGCAUGUGGAUAACCCCAGAGCUGACCCUUGCUUUGUGGUGAGAAAUGAUGACAAUCGUCAAGGAGAAGAGCAAAAAUUUCAUCUGCAGAUGAAUGACAUCUUAAUUGCUCUUGCACGACUCGACUCGAUAAGGACUUUGGACCUGUUCGAAGAAAUGCAACUAGUCGGCCAAAACAGCAAUUGUGUAUUGCUAGGAGUCUUGUCUACUGAACGCGUGUGCCUGGAAGUGAAGAAGAUUGCGAUUUCCAUGAUGCCAUCACCGUCGACUUUAAGCAGAAGAUGA